GGAGGAGGAGGAGGAGGCGAUGCGGGGGAGCUCCGCCGCGUGAGGCGGGAGGCAGAUGGGAUGCGGGAGCUCGAGGGCGGAGUCCUCGGAGCUCGUGGCGCUGUGCCGCGCGCGCAUGCAGGGGAUCCGCGCCGCCGCGGGGCUCCGCUACGACCUCGCCGCCGCGCACGCCGCCCACUUCCGCGCCCUCGCUGCCGCCGGCGCCGCCCUCCACCGCCUCGUCCUCGACGAGACCGCGCCGGCGCCUGCGCCGGCGCCGGCGAUCGUCCUCCCCGCUUCCGAGGGCAAGGAGGUGAAGCCCCGGUCGAAGGGCUCCGACCGCGGCGGAGUAAGCGGAGAAGGGAGCGGGUCGUCGCCGUCGUCGUCGACGGUGACGCCGCUCUCGCACGAUCUCUCCGGGGAGGGAUCGGGCUCCGGCUCCGGAGGCGGCGGCGGAGGCGGAGGAGGGAGUAGUAGUAAUGGUGAUGAGAGUGUUGUGAUUGUAGAAGAAAAGCCCUCAAAAUCUCCGAGCCCUCGGAGCUACUUCAUGAGGUCGUCUUCUGGGAUCCCCUACAUUGUCUACGACGACCCGAACGCCCCGCAGUCGUCGAAUUAUGGCUACGGAUUCGGAUUCCCUCCGUAUGCGUCGGAACCAGAGAAUUUCGGCUACAAUGAUCGAACCUCAAUGAGCUCAAUGCCUGCUCCUUCUACGCCCCCUCCGCCGCCCCCGCCCGAGGGAUUGCCGUGGGAGUUCUUUGACCCCUUCAAUUCCUACGAUCAGCUGGCGUCGAACGGCGCUGAGUAUUACACAAGUAGUCCGAAUUUAAGCGAGAUUAGGGCACGCGAGGGGAUUCCCGAUCUCGAAGAGGAGGUUGAAGAGGAGGAGGAAACCAAGGAGGUGGAGAAAGGUAGGAGCUUGAAGACGGUAGUCGAAGAAGUCGAAGAAGAAGAAGAAGAAACCGAGAAAUUGGAUGAUAAGAAAUUGGACAAAAAGGGUAAAGGCAAAGCUGUCGAAAUUAGGAGCAGUGGAGACGAAGAAGGAUCAGGCGCGGAGAAGCAAGAAGUUGCGGCCGAGACUGGUAACGGCAGUAAGAAAUUGUCGGCACCGCGCGGGACGAGAGAUGUGAGGGAGGUUGUGGGGGACAUUGAGGAGCAGUUCAAAUUGGCCGCGGAAUCCAGCGAAGAGGUUUCAGGGAUGCUUGAGGUAGGGAAGGUGCCGUACCGGUCGAGAAACAGAAUCUCGCGAGUUCUCUUUUCCAGGAUUCUGGAUCCUCUGGCUCUGCCUCUGUUGACACCUCCGCGCCUUUCUUGCAAGCCUUUGCGCCGCAGGAAAAUGAGUUCGUCGAGGAGAAAGCCCGGAAAUGGAGACUCUCGAAAGCAGGUCGGUAUGAGUUCCGGCAACCUUUCAUCGACACUGGAGAAGCUGUAUGUAUGGGAGAAGAAAUUGUACAAGGAAGUAAAGGAGGAAGAAAAAGUGCGGGUAAUUUAUGAGAAGAAGUACAGGCGGCUAAAUGCUUUGGAUGGUGGAGGAGCAGAAAAUGACAGAAUCGCAUCUGCGCAGGCAUCGGUUAGAAAGCUCCGCACCAAGAUAGGCAUUAUCAUUAAAUCAAUCAACACCAUUUCAAAUAGGAUACACAAGAUAAGAGAUGAAGAGUUGCGGCCUCAACUCGUCGAACUAAUUCAAGGAUUGCUUAGAAUGUGGAAGCAAGUAUUAAAUUGCCAUCAGAAGCAAUUAGAAGCUCUAAACGAUAGCAAAAGCCGUCAACUCAUGGCGAAAACCACUGGCCCAAAAAAGUAUGUCGCGAGGACUACGAAGGAACUGGAGAAGGAGAUUGUGAACUGGUGCUAUUGCUUGAAGAACUGGAUAAAGACCCAGAAGUCCUUUGUAGAAGCCUUAAAUGGCUGGUUAGUAAAAUGGCUCCCUAAACAGCAGGAAGAAGAAACAGCAGAUGGAGUCCCACCCUUCUCCCCAAGUAGACUCGGAGCGCCAGCGGCGUUUAUCAUAUGCAAUGAUUGGUUCCAAGCAACUGCAAGGAUUAGAGAAGGCAAGUUGAUUAAAUCAAUUAAUAAUUUUGCUAGAAUAAUCCGUGAUCUUUGGGAGAGCCAAGAAGAGGAACUACGCAGAAGGCAAAAGGUGGAGUACUUAUCCAAGGCCUAUGAUCGAAAGUUAAAAUCUCUGAGGGAGAGUGGAAUAAGCGAGCAUAUGGAGGUUGUAUCUUCGGGCGAGAACAGUGAGAAUGGCUUGGAACACGACGCUCGAAUAGCGGCAUUACACGCAAUGAAAAGGAGAAGGGAUGAAGAGAGGGCCAAGCAUAAGGAAGCAGUGAAUAAACUACAAGACGUUGCUUCCAGCUUGUUGGAAAAUGGGUUGGUUCCUGUUAUUGAGGAAUUGGAGAAGUACUUCUUGGAGACCCUGAAAGAAUACGACGCAAUCAGAAUAAAAAAUAACGGGGCAUCUACGUAGACAUGGACAUUUAUACAUCAAAAUUGCAGUUUUGGCUCAUUUUUAAAGGUACUUAUUGCUUGAAUCAGAGAGUUCAAGGUCAAUGCCGGUGGGCUCUUAUGAAGCUCUUUCAGAAGUCGAUUCAGCUAUAUACUCAGCUCGUCAUUAAUCUCGGGUAUUUACAGAAUUUUUUGAUUGGUUUUUGAUUCGUGGCACGUGAUUUAUUGUUCAGAGUUAGGAUGAAGUGCGUAUUCUUUGUUCAGUGGCUUUGCUGACUAAAUUACAGAAAGGCUGUGGAUAUUUUCUGAAGUGUUUGGAAUUGGAGAGUCGAAUCAUUUGGCGACUUAACCAACAGAGUUUAUCGUGUUUUGCCGGUCACGAAGUGUUGGAUAAGUUCUCGCUCAAAGUGCGGGAGAUGCUGUGGCGGAUUGUACAUUCUCUGACUGGUUUCAUUCUGCUCUAGUGCUAGAUAACUUAGUUAGUGUUCGCGUAGUUGGCUCACUUUUCUAUUUUAGGGUCUUCUCCAAAGUUUUGCAAACCUCAAGUUAUUCCCAAGUGUAUAGUCAAUUCUUUUUUCUUUUAAUUGAUUUCAUUGGUUUCUCACAGUUCCAAUCAUUUGAUACAUCUGUAAAGGAAUGAUUUUUGAUAAUAAAAGAUUACAUGCUUACAGUGGGUCUGGUAUUAA